UCCUCCCCCUGUCUCUCUCUCUCUCUCCUCCCCCAGUCUCUCUCUCCUCCCCCAGUCUCAGUCUCUCUCCUCCCCCCAUCCCAGCCUCUCAGUCUCUCAGUCUCCCAGCGUCCCCCGCUCAUGGCGCUGCUCAGUGUGUCGGGGCCUCCGCUCUCCGCCUGACUCCUGUCCCCGCUCAGAGUGCUCCCAGCUCGGCCUGACUGAGAACUCCACCCCGCUGCUUCCCGCGGGCCCAGCACCCCCUCCAGGACUACAUCAGGGGGCCGGGGCGAUGUCUAACCAGGGAUCCCGGAGGAACGGACCCGUGAAACUCCGCCUGACUGUGUUGUGUGCGAAAAAUCUGGUGAAGAAGGAUUUUUUCAUAGGGCUACCAGACCCUUUUGCGAAGGUCGUGGUUGACGGGUCUGGGCAAUGUCACUCCACAGACACCGUGAAGAAUACCCUGGACCCAAAAUGGAACCAGCAUUAUGACUUGUACAUUGGGAAGUCAGACUCCAUCACUAUUAGCGUUUGGAAUCACAAAAAGAUCCAUAAAAAACAGGGCGCUGGCUUUCUCGGAUGUGUCCGCCUCCUCUCAAAUGCCAUCAACCGUCUAAAAGACACCGGCUAUCAGAGACUGGAUCUAUGUAAGCUCGGUCCAAAUGAUAACGAUACAGUCAGAGGUCAAAUUGUAGUCAGUCUUCAGUCCAGAGACCGAAUCGGUUCCGGGGGACAAGUUGUUGACUGCAGUCGUCUGUUUGAUAAUGAUUUACCAGAUGGUUGGGAGGAGAGGAGAACCGCGUCUGGUCGGAUUCAGUACCUGAACCACAUCACAAGGACAACCCAGUGGGAACGUCCAACCCGGCCGGCAUCUGAAUAUUCUAGUCCUGGUCGGCCUUUGAGCUGCUUUGUAGAUGAAAACACGCCGAUUGCAGUAAGCAAUGGGGCAACCUGUGGGCAAAGCUCCGAUCCAAGGCUUGCAGAGAGGAGGGUCCGGUCCCAGCGGCACAGAAAUUACAUGAGCAGAACACAUUUACACACCCCUCCAGACCUGCCAGAGGGAUAUGAACAGAGGACCACGCAGCAAGGCCAGGUAUAUUUCCUGCACACACAAACCGGGGUCAGCACGUGGCACGAUCCACGCGUCCCGAGGGAUCUUAGCAACGUAAACUGUGAGGAACUUGGCCCACUCCCUCCAGGCUGGGAGAUUCGCAAUACAGCAACAGGAAGAGUUUAUUUUGUGGAUCACAACAACCGAACGACGCAGUUCACAGACCCUCGGCUGUCGGCCAAUCUCCAUCUUGUAUUAAAUCGCCAGAACCAGCUAAAAGAUCACCAACAGCAACAGCAGCAGCAAGUGGUGACCCUGUGCCAGCUUCCAGACGAGGUGGAGUGCCUCACUGUGCCACGUUAUAAGAGAGACCUUGUGCAGAAAUUAAAGAUCCUGAGACAAGAACUCUCCCAGCAGCAGCCUCAGGCCGGUCACUGCCGAAUCGAGGUGUCUCGAGAAGAGAUCUUUGAGGAAUCCUACAGGCAAGUAAUGAAAAUGAGACCGAAGGACCUGUGGAAGAGACUUAUGAUAAAAUUCCGAGGAGAAGAGGGUUUGGAUUAUGGAGGUGUUGCAAGGGAAUGGCUGUACCUCUUGUCCCAUGAAAUGUUAAAUCCAUAUUAUGGCCUCUUCCAGUAUUCACGGGAUGAUAUAUAUACUCUGCAGAUAAAUCCGGAUUCAGCAGUUAACCCGGAACAUCUGUCGUAUUUCCAUUUUGUUGGUCGGAUCAUGGGUAUGGCAGUAUUUCACGGACACUACAUAGAUGGGGGCUUCACACUACCAUUUUAUAAACAGCUUCUUGGGAAGCCAAUUACGUUAGAUGACAUGGAGUCGGUGGAUCCAGAUCUGCAUAACAGCCUUGUUUGGAUUCUAGAAAACGAUAUUACAGCGGUGUUGGACCACACGUUUUGUGUGGAACAUAAUGCUUAUGGUGAGCUCAUCCAGCACGAACUGAAACCCAACGGGAAAAGUAUACCAGUCACAGAAGACAGCAAAAAGGAAUACGUCAGGUUGUACGUUAAUUGGAGGUUCUUACGAGGUAUUGAGGCGCAGUUUCUGGCGUUGCAGAAAGGAUUUAACGAAGUCAUUCCUCAACAUCUGCUGAAAACGUUCGAUGAAAAAGAACUUGAGCUGAUUAUCUGUGGACUUGGAAAAAUCGAUGUUAAUGACUGGAAAUCAAACACCCGGUUAAAACACUGUACUCCAGACAGUAACAUUGUGAAGUGGUUCUGGAAAGCAGUGGAAUCUUUCGAUGAGGAGAGGAGAGCGCGUCUACUCCAGUUUGUAACUGGUUCUUCUAGAGUUCCCCUCCAAGGGUUCAAAGCAUUACAAGGUGCAGCCGGUCCGAGGCUCUUCACCAUCCAUCAGAUUGAUGCUAAUACAAACAAUCUCCCCAAAGCUCAUACAUGCUUCAACCGCAUUGACAUUCCACCGUAUGAGAGCUACGACAAGCUGUAUGAUAAACUCCUCACAGCCAUCGAAGAAACCUGUGGAUUUGCAGUGGAAUGAUGGAGACUUAUUAACAAUCCGCUGUCACUCUGCGUCCUGAUGCUUCAGGUGCCCUAACAUGGAUUUAGCCUUCCGUGGGACCCUGUGAUCGAGAAGAGGAACUGACUGUAACGAGAAAAAAAUGUGUGUUUUCUAUAUAUUGUGAUAUAUACCUAUGUAUAUUUAAAUGAUAUAUAUUAUAAUAUAUAUUCUAAUAUUAUACACAUUUCUUUCAUCAUGAGAAAAAGUCGUUCUGUGCUUGCGACUUAGCUGCUAUUUAAAACAAAUAUCUUGAACUAUAUAGAGGAUGCUGACUUUGUAUGGAGAAGCAGCGUUUAACAGAUAAAGACUACUAUUUUUUUAUAAGAAAAGGGACGUUUAUUACAUUCCCUGUUACCGGACACUACACAAAGAAGAUUUUGUCGUCGGUACAAGUUUGGCCACCCGGGUUUGUCUUUUCUCUCUACUGGUGGAAAAUCUAGAGACAGGCAGGACAGUGGAUUUAGUCACUAGCAUGACUACCAGCAGAGAGACAGUCUGUUGUGCAUAUAUACCACAUGUGGCUGUUGCCAAAAAUAGAUCUUAUAAGGUAUCUGUCACUGGCUUGGCUAUGGCCAGAAAAAGACAGCCUGGAGUUGUCUGUCCCGCACAUAACUUCCAGCGCUAUCUGUCCAAAUGUGACUUCUGGCGGGGAGGCAGCCCAAUGGCGUUUGACAGCACGUCCACAGGCAAGUUGGUGGGCAACUGUGGGCUGUCUUUUUCUUUUUUGUUUUAUGGGACAUGGCCACCAGCAGCAAGGGCAGGCAGACAUCCUGUGGUAUUAGUCAUGGGUGUGGCCACUGGCAGAUAAUAAAAACCACAUGGGAGGUGUCCAACCAUUGUAUCUGCCGGUCCGUCCCCUCUGUUGUGGGAGAGCUCUUCUUCUGUGAUGUCACAAGUCACUGACCGUAUGGAGUGGAGUUUGACCCCAGAGCAUUUUCAAGUAGAGGAUAUGAACAGAUAAGAUCUCCCAUCCGCUAGUGGUCUUUUGUUUCAUCUAUACACCACUCAUGUUUUUAUUAAUAUAUUUCAAAUUCUUAUUCCAAAUGAAAUAAUUUAAUGCUCUAUAUGCCUUUUUUUUUCUUCUUUUUUUUUUAUAAAUAUUCCAGCUAUCCUUGUAAAGGUUAUUUGUGUUUUUAUAAUUUAAACAAGUUACUUUCUACAAAAAUUUGUUCAUAACACAUUUUUCAUAACUGCUAAAAACACUUUAUGUAAAUGAAACGUCUAACCACUGAUAUCGUAUCUUUUACUGUGUAAUAACCUGUUUUGCAACAAUCGCCAUAUUUUGCUACUAACAAUUAUAUUUAGUAUGGUUUUUCAGACAACCUGGAGAUGUUUUAGAGCAAACUGGACAUAUAGUUCAGUCUGAAAGCUUUAUCCGAUUUCCUACCUCCUCUCUGUCAUCCGGUCCUGGUCUUUAUUCUUUGUAAAUAGAAUUUAAAAAAAAACAUUUUUAAAGGAAUUUUCUAUGAAAAUUCUGUACAUAUCUGUGUAGGCCAGGUUUCAUUUCAAGGUUUUUGGGACAAUCUUUAAAUCCCAUGGUCAACUAAGUGCGCCUUUCCUGUCUAAGACAGUCUUGCGUAUCAGUUAUUGAUGUUGGGUCCAUUGUGUAUGGAGAGAGUGAAGUUACAGCAGCCAUAGCUCAACAAUGCCAGGGAUGUCUGUUUACGUCCACAAUUUUAGAAUGAGCAGGACAAUUGCCACCGUGUCUAGUAAUUAAAGUGCAACUCCCAGGGAGAAAAAAUGGCUAUACAUCUUUAAAAGUAAUUACACACUCACACACUCACUAUCUGUAAUGACAAGAGGGAAGCUAGUAAUGAGGUAUUGGUGGUAGAAGAUGGAAUAGUAUAUGCCAAAUUAAAACCCACCUGAGCCUUGUGUGGUCAGCUAGCAUAUUGUUGACAGAGACCGCAAACUGUUUGGUAUCCAUUGCAGAGAUCAGAGCUAUUGCUACAGUACAUGUUUGUAGAAAUGCACUAUAGAUAUUCCUGGAUUACAUACUACCUGACCUGCAACUUAGCUAACUCCUGUUUAUACAUUUGGUUUAUAUGAUUUCCUUAUGCUCCAAGUCAACCGUAGAAGCCAUCUCUUGCUGAUCUCAAAGCCUGCCACCAUUCUCUUUAAAUCUCUACAUGUAUCUGAAUUAUUGAACCUGGAAAGGUUUAGCUCCCACUAGGCAAUAAAACAUGUAUUUGAAACAAACAUCACUUUGUAAACCACUAGAGGGCAACACUAGCAGUUUGUUGCUCAUUCUCACUGUUUACCCAGUGGUGUUCACUGGGUCCUGCUGUUGGCUCAAUCGUUUGCAUUAUUCUACAUUGUAUAUACCAGCUGCUGACCCAGUCCGAACUGCAAUCCAUAGUGUGUGCACAUGGUACACGGCUCAGUCUUUUUUUGUUUUUGGAUACCACAGGGCUAUCAAUGGAUGUAGGGCUAUGUCUGGCAGCUGUAGAGUUAAGACUAUGCCCCUUAAUCUCUGAGUCUGCCAUCUAAGGGUUAACUGACCUCAGAGUGCCUCAUGUCUACCCUCGAAACUGUGCUGUAGCAAAUCCAUUCCACACAAUUAACCCCUUUCAUUGCCUCUGAAUCCCACUGGCAGUGAGGCAGUUAACUGGCUUUUUAAUAACUGCAUUUUUAUUUUUAAUCUGAUUUUUUUUUUCCCCCCUCACUAACCUGGCAACACCAGCAUGUUGUGUAACAUCAUGUAAUAUGAUGGAAAAACUGCUUCAAUUUAUAGCUGAUUAAACAAAUGUGUAUUUUCCAAA